GCUCCGAGAACCCGAGGAAGGGCCGAAGGAGAAAGGGCUGCUGCGGGCGCGGCGCGGAGACUCCGGGGCCAGGCCAGUGGCGGCUGACGCGGAGGAUCGCGCGGAAGCGGCCGGCGGGAGCUCGGGUGGCCUCACCAGGAAGCGCCGAAGUCCGGACCCGGGAAGCGCGGGGCGCCCGCUGUCCCCACCAAACCCGCGCCGCGAAGCGCCCCGGGCCCUGGGCGAUGGCCGGGCGCUGAGCCGCCAAAGGACGGACGGACUGACGGCGCAGCCCCUCGGCAUGGCCGCGCGCGAGGAGCUGUACAGCAAAGUCACCCCGCGGAGGAGCCGCCAGCAGCGCCCCGGCACGAUCAAGCAUGGCUCGGCGCUGGACGUGCUGCUCUCCAUGGGGUUCCCCAGGGCCCGCGCACAAAAGGCCUUGGCAUCCACGGGAGGAAGAAGCGUUCAGGCAGCAUGUGACUGGUUGUUCUCCCACGUGGGCGACCCCUUCCUGGAUGACCCCCUGCCCCGGGAAUACGUCCUCUACCUCCGCCCCACCGGCCCCUUAGCACAGAAGCUCUCCGACUUCUGGCAGCAGUCGAAGCAAAUCUGCGGGAAGAACAAGGCCCACAACAUCUUCCCCCACAUCACCCUCUGCCAGUUCUUCAUGUGUGAGGACAGCAAGGUGGACGCCCUGGGGGAGGCCCUGCAGACCACAGUCAGCCGCUGGAAGUGCAAAUUCUCGGCACCCCUGCCCCUGGAGCUGUACACCUCCUCCAACUUCAUCGGCCUCUUUGUGAAGGAGGACAGUGCAGAGGUCCUCAAGAAGUUCGCUGCAGACUUCGCCGCUGAGGCCGCAUCCAAGGCCGAAGUACAUGUGGAGCCUCAUAAGAAGCAGCUGCACGUCACCCUGGCUUACCACUUCCAAGCCAGCCACCUACCCACCCUGGAGAAACUAGCCCAGAACAUUGAUGUCAAACUGGGGUGCGACUGGGUGGCCACCAUAUUCUCUCGGGACAUCCGGUUUGCUAACCAUGAGACGUUGCAGGUGAUCUACCCCUACACCCCGCAGAACGAUGACGAGCUGGAGCUGGUCCCGGGGGACUUCAUCUUCAUGUCUCCCAUGGAGCAGACCAGCACCAGCGAGGGCUGGAUCUAUGGCACCUCUCUGACCACUGGCUGCUCCGGACUCCUGCCCGAGAACUACAUCACCAAGGCUGACGAGUGCAGCACCUGGAUCUUUCACGGUUCGUACUCCAUCUUAAAUACGGCAUCAUCCAGCUCGCUCACGUUUGGUGAUGGGGUGUUAGAGAGGCGGCACUAUGAGGACCAGGGACUUGGAGAGACGACGCCCCUGACCAUCAUCUGCCAGCCCAUGCAGCCUCUGAGAGUCAACAGCCAGCCGGGCCCUCAGAAGCGCUGCCUCUUUGUGUGUCGGCAUGGAGAGAGGAUGGAUGUUGUUUUUGGGAAGUACUGGCUGUCUCAGUGCUUUGAUGCCAAAGGCCGCUACAUUCGCACCAACCUGAACAUGCCUCACAGCUUACCUCAGCGGAGUGGUGGCUUCCGGGAUUAUGAGAAAGAUGCUCCCAUCACCGUGUUCGGGUGCAUGCAAGCCAGACUAGUGGUUUUCCUCACAGGUGAAGCCUUGUCAGAAAGUAAUACUGUCAUCGAUCACAUCUACUGCUCCCCAUCCCUGCGCUGCGUUCAGACAGCACAGAACAUCUUGAAAGGUUUACAACAAGAGAAUCACUUAAAGAUUCGUGUGGAGCCUGGUUUAUUUGAGUGGACAAAGUGGGUUGCUGGGAACACAUUACCUGCGUGGAUACCUCCGUCAGACUUAGCUGCAGCCAACCUGAGUGUUGAUACAACCUACAGACCUCACAUUCCAAUCAGCAAAUUAGUGGUCUCAGAAUCCUACGACACUUACAUCAGUAGAAGUUUCCAAGUAACAAAGGAGAUAAUAAGCGAGUGUAAAGGGAAAGGAAAUAACAUUCUCAUUGUGGCCCAUGCAUCCUCCCUCGAGGCCUGUACCUGCCAGCUUCAGGGCCUGUCGCCUCAGAACUCCAAGGACUUCGUGCAAAUGGUCCGAAAGAUCCCAUACCUGGGCUUUUGUUCCUGUGAAGAAUUAGGAGAAACUGGAAUAUGGCAGCUGACAGACCCACCCAUCCUUCCCCUUACCCACGGACCCACUGGGGGCUUCAACUGGAGGGAAACACUGCUGCAAGAGUAAGCCCACGAGGGCUGAGAGGGAACAUUCUUUUGGAGAAGGAUCUGCUGGGUAUUCAGUAACAGUGGAAAACUCUGCACAGCGUUCUAAGUGGGCAGCUCAAAUUUAACACACUUCCUUUCAUGCUUAAGGUUCUUCUGACUUUGAGACUACAAAAAUGAGCAAAAGACAUGAUUCGGGGGCAGAAAAAUGCAUCCUCUUGGGACUCUUGCUUAGCUAUCAAGGCCUUGGAGAAUCAGCUUCCUGAACCUGCUCCCGCUGCAGCAGAGGCCCAGCUUCAUCCUUGUUCAGGGUGUGGGUAGCUAAGGCGCUUUGCUUCUCCCUACCGGAGCUACUGCCCCCUCCCAGGAGGGAUGUGGGAAGGAGGAACGUGUCCAGAAGGCAGUCUGGGGAUGGGAUGGACAUUCUGCCGAGCUCCAUUUUCAAUUUAGUCAAAACUAAGCUGACAAAUCCUGCUAAGGUUACUAGAAAACAUGCCCCACUGAGAGUUGUCCUUAGGUUACACCUCCAGAUCUACCCUCAGUAGACUUGGUCCAUUAGCAUUGCUGACUCCCAGACACCCGCUGAAGGAGUGUAGUAUUUGCCCUGGUAUUUUCUCAUUUUCUCGCAGGGGUGGGGGUGGAGGGCUUCCUACUUCUAUCCAUGAAAUGGUGAGAGAAAGCACUUCUCCAAAGCACUUUUAGGUUCUCAAGAGGAAGAUCAGAUAAAUGUGAGGCAUAUUCAAGCUAGGUGCAGAGAACUUGCAAAAUAUAAAGUACACUGGGGUUACCUGCGCUGCAGCCUGAUGAGCCGAGCACUUCUAAGUCCCCAAGAUUGGCUUGUCUUUGCCCCCAGACUCUGACAGUGGUAACUAGCUAAGGAGGUCAUUUUGAAAGGAUGUGUGUUGAGUGCAUCAUGUGGAUCUGCAGGAAGCUCAUUCCGACACCGUGGACGUUGUGACAGACCACAGCAAGGGCCCGGUUAUGGUGCUGCCCAGUACGCACCAGCCAAACAAUGUCCGAGGCUGCACCCAUGGUACCCAGAUGUAGAACGAAGUCAGGGAAGUAAUGUAACUGGUGGCAGUCAUGACUGCGCUACUCCUUGGGCUGUCCUCUUCCUGUUUGUCUUUCUCUGAUGAUUUAAAAUCUAUAGGAGGUAGGGCUACUUGAGGGAAGCUGGAGGACCAUAGCCUGGUUUCUCACUACAGAUACUUCCUGUAUUUAGAGGGAGUUUAUUUAAAAGAAAAAUAAAUGACAAUCAAACCAAAACAUCAGUUAUUAAUGUCUAUUUAAUUGUGUAAGUAGCUGACUAUUAUUAGAGCCGCAGACGGUGGUCUGGUAGGCUAGAGUUCACCAUGUGGAAUGUGUGUACAUUGCAAAACCCCAACCAUUUAAACGAAAUAUUAGUAUUUGACAAAUCUAUAUGAGCUGUAGCCACAUUGAAUAAAUUGUAAAACCCAGACAUAUGUUUAUAAAAAUAGACCUGUACUGGUAUUUGAAAUUGAAAUUAGACAACUGCUGGAAAAAAAGAAGUGAAAGGUGAUUUGCUACAUAUGUUAGCAAAAGGAUUAUGAUUAUAUGUUUUAAAGACACCUAGAGAAAUAUGAUAUGAAAUUUCCAUUUUAAGAAACAAACUGUGGUUUCUCCUCGCAUUGCACCAUAUUGCUCUGGCUUCUGACCAUAGAAAUCACUCUGUGCUGACAGGAUUCUGUGUUUGAACCUUGCAGGGUCUAGGGUGGAAAUUCUCCCACUAAAGUUCGUACAACUCACAUUUCAGCUAACUUCAUGAGGUUACUGCCCCUGCCACUCGUUCUGCUGGUAUUGAUAAAGAAGUGGGUCCACUGUUUAAUCAUAUCUAUAAUGUUUAUAGACUCACCACAAGUUCUCAUGGGUUUUGAAUGCUUAGAAUAAUACUUGAACACUUCAUAUCAAAUUUCCUGAAAACUGUAGGAGUGUGUUCUGGACAAUGUCUGUACUUUUAUAAAAUAGAGUUGAAAAUGUGUUACCCCAUCCAUCUUUCUUCAGGAUGUCCUAUGAUGUCCUGAGAAUCAGUUGGAUGACAGAGCUUCAUCCCAUUGUCCUUAGUCCAGUAUCAGGUAGCCUUAGGCAACAAUCUACAGAAGCCAAAGGAAGAAUGGGUCUGAAACAAUUUUCUGAAUAAUUUGGGUGGAAAACCUUGAAUAUAAGAAAAAUUAUAUUCCUCUGCUGUAAUCAACUAGAUUGCUUAUCAAAAUGGCUGAGUAAUUUGAAUUCACAUUGAAAUCUUAUUUCACACUUAACUACUUAAAAAACUAAAGUUGGACUCCAACCAAGAAAUGAUAAAUCAUGUUGAAUCUAUGUGUAAUAAAAGAGACAACUGUUUUUCCAAAUUUCACGUUCUUAUAAAAAUUUUAGAUUGACAUUAUAACCUGAAGUUAAGGUGUGCUUUUUCUGACCUGAGGCUGAUGUUGAUUAAAACCUGUGAUACAUGGAGGAAGGAUAGAAAAGAAAUGAGGGAAAGAAUUACCAGAAAAGGAUCAAAUGAUUUCUUAUAUAAAGGAUUGUUUUUGAAGUUAAAAAGCUGUUGGAAAUAAGCUAGUGGAAAUAAAUUAGCUAAAGGGCUUGGUCUAGGAUUGCAAAUCUCAGUGUGCUCCUACAAGUGUGCUACAUCAGUGUGCUAAAGUCCGAGUGCUAGCUAUAGGUAGAGCUUGGCUUUCUGUGAUCUUAAAAUGCCACAUUGGUUCCUUGUGGACCAGAAUAAAAGGCGCAUUUUAAUGCAUGGGCUGAGGGUUUCAUUUUCCCAGGCUCUGCUCCCCAUCAUUUUCUGGGCACCAGAAGCCUCCCUGAUAGGAGCUGAGGUGACAGUGUUUCCCACUACAUUUAGAUUCAGAGAAUCUGAAUGGCUGAUUAAAUGGCCAUCUGAUGGCUGAAAGAGGGGGGUAUUUUUCACCCUGUAGUGAAAGGCUUAGAGGAGUUUCUACUUUUUUUUUAAAUUAUACUUUAACCAAAGACUUAUUUUAAAGUAAUCUUAUAUUUGAAAGAUGACUUUUGCAAAAUAAAUGAAUAAAUGCCUUCUGGAAUAUCAGGUUGAUAAAUCAUCGUUGAUCAUUUUCUCGUCAGCCAUGUCUGGGACGCACAUAGACUGUCCCAUUGUGUGUAGCAUUGCCAUAGAUGUUUCUUUUCCACUCAACUAGCUGUAUUCGUAUUAAAAUGAAGUCUCCUAUUUCAAUUACCUAGUGUCGUUGAGAAGGCAUUGAACAGCAGCAAGAAGAGAAGUCCCUAUCUGUUGCCUUUGUAGAAAGGCUUCCCUGUGUGGUAGCGAGGCACUCCCCCACCAGUGUUUAAAUCUAAAAGCGGUGAUGAAUUGCUCUUUUGAAUCCACUGAGUCGUGCAUGUGUUAGAAUACAGAUGAACCUCCGUUUAAUUUUCACAGGCUUUAGUGCAGUCUACUGCACUGAAUCGGCACCGCGAAGUUAGCUGAUGAGGCUCUGGUGAUUUGCAUUUAAAUUAUAAUCCAGCCUGCAAGUGAGAAGGAACAGGCUAUGGUUUGAGGAGGCUGUCGUGAGGGAGGGAUGAGACUGAUGGAGAAAAGGGUGAGGGACAGAGGAGGAAGAAGUGCCUCAACAUCAAUUUGGAUUAAUGUUGACUUUCCAGAGGUGACAGAAGCAUGCUGGCAGUGUUGGCAGAUGCACUGCAUUUUUUAAACAUAGGAUUAAAAUUGGAUUUGCUUCUCUUUGAUACUUUAACAGAUUGAAUUUUCCUAGGAAAGUGACUAGCUAAUAUACUGAAAAUUUAAGGGAAGGGGAAAAAGAUUGCCUCACAUUGCAGAGGAAAUAACUUGAUUUUUAAAUACAUGUAACAUUAGGUUUGGUGUAUGUAGGCUUACGAUUAUAGUGAUGAAUAGUCAAACUUAAUAGACAAUCAAUUCUUACAAAUAUUUUACCCAGUAUUACUUAGUUGCCAUAACAACAACAACAACAACAAAAAUCAGAAUUCUGCAGCUGUUCAGCUAAUUAUGGACUCUAUACAGGACACAUAUGUAUAAUGAAAAAUGUGUAAUGUUUUUUGUCAAUUGCCAGUCAGGUGGGGAUGCUACCCCAAAGCUUUUUGUUAUGCAUAGACCAUUCUAAACCUGCUAUGUGGGGGAGGCAUAUGGUUUCUCAUUUAUAGGACUAUUGUAUCAUUUUUUUCUAUGUGAUUCCAGUGUAUUUAUUUGAAAAAUAGUUUGUAUUCACCAAAAGGAAGACCACACCUGUCUGUAUUAUCAGAUUCCUUGUACAUUCCCUGUGCCAUUUGUGCUUUCCUGGCCUAGAGCUUGUCCCCUGAUAGAACCGUGGCACCAUUGUAACCAGCCCGCUGCACCCCAGGCCGGUCACCACGCAAGUGGUCCCUAGGUGAUUUAAUAAAGAGAACUGGUGUCCUCGGUUGAUCCAGAGCAAUCACAUAUUAAACCCUGGGCGGUGUCUGCUGCUAUCGUGUUCUCAGAUGUUAA